CCCGCGGUCCGCUUCUAUGGCGCACAUCACCAUUAACCAGUACUUGCAGCAGGUAUAUGAAGCAAUUGACACCAGAGAUGGAACAUCUUGUGCAGAGUUGGUGUCUUUUAAACAUCCUCAUGUUGCAAACCCACGGCUUCAAUUGCCCUCUCCAGAAGAGAAGUGUCAACAAGUUUUAGAACCUCCUUAUGAUGAAAUGUUUGCAGCUCAUUUAAGGUGUACUUAUGCAGUAGGAAACCAUGAUUUCAUAGAGGCAUACAAAUGCCAGACUGUGAUAGUCCAAUCAUUCUUGCGAGCAUUUCAGGCCCACAAAGAAGAAAACUGGGCUUUGCCUAUUAUGUAUGCAGUAGCACUUGACCUUCGAAUAUUUGCCAAUAAUGCAGAUCAACAGUUGGUAAAGAAAGGAAAAAGCAAAGUUGGCGACAUGUUGGAAAAAGCAGCAGAAUUAUUAAUGAGCUGUUUCCGCGUCUGUGCCAGUGAUACUCGUGCUGGUAUAGAGGAUUCUAAGAAGUGGGGGAUGCUGUUUCUGGUGAAUCAAUUAUUUAAAAUCUACUUUAAGAUCAACAAACUCCAUUUGUGUAAACCCCUAAUUAGAGCAAUUGACAGCUCAAAUCUGAAAGAUGAUUACAGCACUGCACAGAGAGUUACAUACAAAUACUAUGUUGGACGCAAGGCUAUGUUUGAUAGUGACUUUAAGCAAGCUGAGGAAUAUCUGUCAUUUGCAUUUGAGCAUUGUCACCGCUCAAGUCAGAAGAACAAAAGAAUGAUUCUGAUAUAUCUACUCCCAGUGAAAAUGCUAUUGGGUCAUAUGCCAACUAUUGAGCUUUUGAAAAAGUAUCAUCUUAUGCAGUUUGCUGAAGUAACCAAAGCUGUAAGUGAAGGCAAUCUCUUACUACUGAAUGAGGCUCUAACAAAGCAUGAAACAUUUUUUAUUCGCUGUGGUAUUUUCCUUAUCCUUGAAAAACUGAAGAUCAUCACCUACAGGAAUCUUUUUAAGAAAGUGUAUUUGUUACUCAAAACACAUCAGUUGUUUCUUGAUGCUUUUCUAAUUGCCUUAAAAUUCAUGCAAGUGGAGGAUGUGGAUAUUGAUGAAGUCCAGUGUAUUUUGGCUAAUCUAAUAUACAUGGGUCAUAUUAAAGGCUACAUAUCACAUCAGCAUCAGAAGUUGGUUGUUAGCAAGCAAAACCCAUUCCCUCCAUUAUCUACAGUGUGUUGAAUAUAUAAUCCUGUGGAUAGAACAACAAUUUUUACUUUUGCUUUCAGUCAUGAUGACAUCAGUUGAUAUUGUUACAUUAUUCUCUGAAGCAGGAAAACUCUUCAAGGCACCUUUCUCAGGGAUCCUGAGACUGUGAGUUUGCCAGCUUAUACAGAUAACUUGAAAUGUUCCUUUAUCAUUAUGAACUAAUGUUAUCUUCGUGAAGAUUCUAAAUUUCUUUUUCAGGGGAUGAAAAAGAAACCUCAGUUGGCUCUGAAGUAUUUGUGAAAUUACACAAAGAAUGCUUGUCUUGAAGGCAGCUACACAAUUUACUUUUCAUAAAUGUUCAUAAAGGCUAUCUUUGUAACUUUUUGUAACUGUUUCUAUAAAAAAGGCAUUCUGAA